CCGCCCGGGAAGCUGCGCGAGGCUGGGCGGCCCCCGCCACAUCCUCCUCCUCCUCCGGGUCCUGGCGAACGGAGCUGGUCCAGGGCUGAGCCGAGGGCUCUAGGGGCGCUGGCGGAGCGGAGCACGGAGCCAUGGCGCACCAGACGGGCAUCCACGCCACCGAGGAGCUGAAGGAAUUCUUCGCCAAGGCACGGGCUGGCUGCAUCCGGCUCAUCAAAGUCGUCAUUGAGGACGAGCAGCUCGUGCUGGGUGCCUCGCGGGAGCUGGUGGGCUCAUGGGACCAGGACUACGACAGGGCCGUGCUUCCGCUGCUGGAUGCCCAGCAGCCCUGUUAUCUGCUGUACCGCCUGGACUCACAGAACGCCCAGGGUUUUGAGUGGCUCUUCCUCGCCUGGUCACCUGACAAUUCUCCUGUGCGGCUGAAGAUGCUGUAUGCAGCCACACGGGCUACAGUGAAGAAGGAGUUUGGGGGCGGCCACAUCAAGGAUGAGCUCUUUGGGACUGUGAAGGACGACCUCUCCUUUGCUGGGUACCAGAAGCACCUGUCAUCCUGUGCAGCGCCUGCCCCGCUCACCUCGGCUGAGAGAGAGCUUCAGCAGAUCCGUAUUAAUGAGGUGAAGACGGAGAUCAGUGUGGAGAGCAAGCACCAGACCCUGCAGGGCCUCACCUUCCCACUGCAGCCCGCAGCGCAGAGGGCACUUCAGCAACUCAAACAGAAGACCAUCAACUACAUCCAGCUGAAGCUGGACCUGGAGCGGGAGACCAUUGAGCUGGUGCACACAGAGCCCACGGAAGUGGCCCAGCUGCCGUCAAGGGUGCCCCGAGAUGCCGCCCGCUACCACUUCUUCCUCUACAAGCACACCCAUGAGGGUGACCACCUCGAGUCUGUGGUGUUCAUCUACUCAAUGCCGGGGUACAAGUGCAGCAUCAAGGAGCGCAUGCUCUAUUCCAGCUGUAAGAGCCGCCUCCUCGAUUCCGUGGAGCAGGACUUCCAGCUGGAGAUCUCCAAGAAGGGCCCCCGCCGUGGCGCCCUGCACCCCCUGUCUCUCCUGGUACAGGCCGCCGUGUUGGCUGUGGCCUUGGCCCAGGGCGCCCUGCCUGCCUUCCUGCCCUGUGAGCUCCAGCGCCACGGCCUGGUGAAUUGCAACUGGCUGUUCCUCAAGUCUGUGCCCCACUUCUCGGCAGCAGCACCCCGCGGUAACGUCACCAGCCUUUCCCUGUAUUCCAACCGCAUCCACCACCUCCAUGACUCUGACUUUGUCCACCUGUCCAGCCUGCGGCAUCUCAACCUCAAAUGGAACUGCCCGCCCACCAGCCUCAGCCCCAUGCACUUCCCCUGUCACAUGACCAUCGAGCCCCACACCUUCCUGGCUGUGCCCACCCUGGAGGAGCUGAACCUGAGCUACAACAGCAUCACGACGGUCCCUGCCCUGCCCAGUUCCCUCGUGUCCCUGUCCCUGAGCCACACCAACAUCCUGGUGCUAGACCCUGCCAGCCUCACAGGCCUGCAUGCCCUGCGCUUCCUAUUCCUGGAUGGCAACUGCUACUACAAGAACCCCUGCCCGCAGGCCCUGCAGGUGGCCCCAGGUGCCCUCCUUGGCCUGGGCAACCUUAUGCACCUGUCGCUCAAGUACAACAACCUCACCAUGGUGCCCCGCGGCCUGCCCCCCAGCCUGGAGUACCUCCUACUGUCCUACAACCACAUCAUCACCCUGGCGCCUGAGGACCUGGCCAACCUGACCGCCCUGCGUGUGCUUGAUGUGGGUGGGAACUGCCGCCGCUGUGACCACGCCCGCAACCCCUGUAUGGAGUGCCCCAAGGGCUUCCCACACCUGCACCCUGACACCUUCAGCCACUUGAGCCACCUCGAAGGCCUGGUCUUGAAGGACAGCUCUCUCUACGACCUGAACCCCAGAUGGUUCCGUGGCCUGAGCAACCUCACGGUGCUGGACCUGAGUGAGAACUUCCUAUAUGACUGCAUCACCAAAACCAAAGCCUUCCAGGGCCUGGCCCAGCUGCGCAGACUCAACCUGUCCUUCAAUUACCACAAGAAGGUAUCCUUUGCCCACCUUCGUCUGGCGCCCUCCUUCAGGAGCCUGCUCUCCCUGCAGCAACUGGACAUGCACGGCAUCUUCUUCCGCUCGCUCAGUGAGACCACGCUCCAGUCGCUGGCCCACCUGCCCAUGCUCCAGAGGCUGCACCUGCAGAUGAACUUCAUCAACCAGGCCCAGCUGAGCAUCUUCGGGGCCUUCCCUGGCCUGCAAUACGUGGACCUGUCAGACAACCGCAUAAGUGGAGCCACAGAGCUGAUGGCUGCCACGGGAGAGAUGGAUGGUGGGGAGAGAGUCUGGCUGCCGUCCGGGGACCUCGCUCUGGGCCCACUGGACACCCCGAGCUCCAAGGGCUUCAUGCCGAGCUGCAAGACCCUCAACUUCACCUUGGACCUGUCACGGAACAACCUAGCCACGAUCCAGCCAGAGAUGUUUGCCCGGCUCUCACGCCUCCAGUGCCUGCUCCUGAGCCGCAACAGCAUCUCGCAGGCGGUCAACGGCUCACAGUUUGUGCCCCUGACCAGCCUGCGGGUGUUGGACCUGUCCCACAACAAGCUGGACCUAUACCACGGGCGCUCCUUCACGGAGCUGCCGCAGCUGGAGGCCCUGGACCUCAGCUACAACAGCCAGCCGUUCAGCAUGCAGGGCGUGGGCCACAACCUCAGCUUUGUGGCGCAGCUGCCAACUCUGCGCUACCUCAGCCUGGCGCACAACGACAUCCACAGCCGUGUGUCCCAGCAGCUCUGCAGCGCCUCGCUCCGGGCCUUGGACUUCAGUGGCAAUGCCCUGAGCCAGAUGUGGGCCGAGGGAGACCUGUAUCUUCACUUCUUCCAAGGCCUGAGGAGACUGGUCCAGUUGGACCUGUCCCAGAACCGCCUGCAUACCCUCUUGCCACGCAACCUGGACAACCUCCCCAAGAGCCUGCGGCUGCUGCGUCUCCGUGACAAUUAUCUGGCUUUCUUCAACUGGAGCAGCCUGGUCCUCCUCCCCAAGCUGGAGGCCCUGGACCUGGCGGGAAACCAGCUGAAGGCCCUGAGCAACGGCAGCUUGCCUAACGGGACCCAGCUCCAGAGGCUGGACCUCAGCAGCAACAGCAUCAGCUUCGUGGCCUCUGGUUUUUUUGCUCUGGCCACGAGGCUGCAAGAGCUCAACCUCAGUGCCAAUGCCCUCAAGACGGUGGAGCCCUCCUGGUUCGGUUCUCUAGCGGGCGUCCUGAAAGUCCUGGAUGUGACUGGCAAUCCCCUGCACUGCGCCUGCGGGGCAACCUUCGUGGACUUCUUGCUGGAGGUGCAGGCUGCGGUGCCCGGCCUGCCCAGCCACGUCAAGUGUGGCAGUCCAGGGCAGCUCCAGGGCCGCAGCAUCUUUGCGCAGGACCUGCGCCUCUGCCUGGACGAGGCCCUCUCCUGGGACUGCUUUGGCCUCACGCUGCUGACCGUGGCCCUGGGCCUGGCCGUGCCCAUGCUGCACCACCUCUGUGCCUGGGACCUCUGGUACUGCUUCCACCUGUGCCUGGCCUGGCUGCCCCGGCGGGGGCGGCAGCGGGGUGCAGAUGCCCUGCGCUACGAUGCCUUCGUGGUCUUCGACAAGACCCAGAGCGCGGUGGCCGACUGGGUGUACAACGAGCUGCGGGUACGGCUAGAGGAGCGCCGCGGGCGCCGGGCGCUCCGCCUGUGCCUGGAGGAACGUGACUGGCUACCCGGUAAAACGCUCUUUGAGAACCUGUGGGCCUCAGUUUACAGCAGCCGCAAGACACUGUUUGUGCUGGCCCACACGGACAGGGUCAGCGGCCUCUUGCGCGCCAGCUUCCUGCUGGCCCAGCAGCGCCUGCUGGAGGACCGCAAGGACGUCGUGGUGCUGGUGAUCCUGCGCCCCAAUGCCCACCGCUCCCGCUACGUGCGGCUGCGCCAGCGCCUCUGCCGCCAGAGCGUCCUCCUCUGGCCCCACCAGCCUAGUGGCCAGCGCAGCUUCUGGGCCCAGCUGGGCACCGCCCUGACCAGGGACAACCACCACUUCUAUAACCAGAACUUCUGCCGGGGCCCCACCACGGCGGAGUGACAGCCCAGCACCCCUACCCCUCUACACCUUGCCUGUCUGCCUGC